AUGGCCUCCUCCAGCUACCCCCUCCGCCCCGUCCCCCCCCUCAACGCCCCCGUCCGGCGCCCCCAGGAAAUCACACACUUCUCCUUCGACGACACCCACACCCUCGUGCACUCGGCCGCCUCCCUCAAAACCUACUACCCGCCGGCGCUGCCCGCGCAGCUCUCCAACGGCUUCUCCACCUUCAUCAAGCACGACCCCAGCAUCGACGGGCACAUCGACGGGCUGCUGAGCGCGCUGGAGCACCUCGAGCGGCGCACGGGCGAGCGCACGCGCGCCGACGUCGUCACGUGGCGCGGCAUGAUGACAAAGUUCAUGACGGCGCCGUUUGAGGGCCGCGACGGGUGGGAGAUGAAUGCGGUGGUGCUAGAGGGUACACUGUUUAUCGAGGAGAACCAUGCGCAUGCGUACAAGCAGCAGAGUCGCGGGAACCAGAACCAGGACAGGCGCGGCGAGGAGAUGAGCUACUGGGGGUACAAGUUUGAGACGCUCUCGACCAUCUCGGGCAACUGGGACGAGUGUCCAAGGGAGGUGAUUGAGUCGCGCGACGAGGAGGUGGUCUCGAACGAGGCGCAGUUCUGCUCCAUUGUCAAGACGGGCUUUGGGGACACGCGGGUUGUGAUUGGGGGUGAGGUUGAUGCCGUCUGGAACUCAAAUCCCCCAAGAGACCCCAACAACCCGCCCAUCUACGUCGAGCUCAAGACCUCCAAGAUCAUCGACCCCAACACGCGCGACGGCCUCAACUACGAGCGCAAGCUCCUGCGCUUCUGGGCGCAGUCCUUCCUGCUGGGCAUCGCCAAGGUCAUUGUCGGCUUCCGCGACGACAGCGGCGUGCUGCGCUCGCUCAAGACGUACGAGACGCAGGAGCUCCCCGGGAUCGCGCGCCGCUCGGGCAGGAACCUGUGGGACGCGAAGGUGAGCAUUGACUUUACGGCGGGGCUGCUGGCGUGGCUGAAGGAGACGAUUGUUGGCGGCGGGGAGGAGGGCGUGGUGUGGAGGGUGAGAUUGAGGCCGCGCGGGGAUAGGAUCGAGGUGGAGAGGACGGCGGAGAAGUCGUUUUUGACGGAGGGCUUUGUGAGGUGGAGAGAGGAGCUGGCGGCGAGGGGUGACACGAUGGAGGAGCAGUGGUAG